AUGGGAAAAGAAGACAAUAAAAAUCAAAAUCUAUUUACUUUGGGAGCAGUGGCUGUAGCAGCAACAGUAACUGGAAUUGCAACAUGGUUCUUUACAAAAAAAUCACAAAAUUGUUACGAGCAUACUAAUUCUUCGCCAAGUGGUUCUAGAAAUAAUUUCCAGGCCGGUCCAUCAGUAGGCAAUAGCAGAAAUAGCACAAAUGAUUGCAAAUGCCUCCGCACUGAAAAAUUUAAAGAAGAAUGUGCUAUAUGCCUGGAAGACUUUGAAACAAGAGAAUUAAGCUGUGGUCAUGUAUUUCACACUAAAUGUAUUAGUAAAUGGCUUCAAUACAAUAAUACAUGUCCAUUUUGUAGAAAAGAAAAUCCCUAA